AUGUUCUCGUCUACCCUCUCCCUCGCCGCCCUCGGCCUUGCGCUCAUUGCACCCACCGUCGUUAACGCUCACGGUUACAUCCACACCUAUGAGAUUGGCGGCACAUCCUACUCCGGUUGGCUCCCGUUCUCCGACCCUUAUGAGAGCCCCGUUCCGAGUCGGAUUGAGCGCAAGAUCCCCAGUGACGGCCCUAUUCUUGAUGUCACUUCCUCCGAUCUCGCCUGCAACAAGGGCGGCGAGACCGGCGUCAAGGCGAUCGCUACUGCUGCCGCAGGCAGCAAGAUCACGUUUGACUGGCAGAGCUGGCCCGCGGACCACAUGGGCCCUGUCACCACGUACAUGACUGAUUGCAAGGGCGACUGCUCGACCUUUGAUGCUUCCAAUGCGAAGUGGUUCAAGAUUGACGCCGCCGGGUACACGAACGGCCAGUGGGCUGCUACUCAGCUCAUUGCCAACGGCGCCAAGUGGACCAGCACCAUUCCCAGCGAGCUCAAGGCUGGCGAAUACCUGGUUCGUCACGAGAUCAUUGCACUUCACGAUGCCGGCGCGCCCCAGUUCUACCCCAGCUGCGCUCAGGUGAAGGUCACCGGCAGCGGAACCCAGGUCCCAUCUGGCUCCUCCCUUGUUUCCAUUCCGGGUCUGUACACCAUCGCAGAGUUCCCCGACAUCUGGUCCGACAGCUUCAAGAGCUUCUCCAUUCCCGGGCCCGCGGUCGCCUUCAGUGGCUCUGACAGCGGCUCUGGCGACUCUGAGCCUGCCAGCACAUCCUCCACCCACGCCUCCACUUCUUCGGCGGCCUCCCACACCGCCUCCUCGACGCAUGUCUCCACCUCCGCGGAGACGUCCGCGCACGCCUCGGCGACGUCUGCGUCCUCCCACGCAUCCUCCGUUGUCCAGACUUCCUCGGCCGCGUCCGCGUCGAAGCCCUCGUCGACGGGGACCGGACGGUGCUCCUCCAAGACCAAGCGCGAACGCCGCGGCAUGGUCAAGCGCCACGUCUCCCACCAGGCCAAGCGUCACCACUGA